AGUAUAAGGAAUGUAUGAAGUAAAAAUAACAUUGAUAAUAUUGUGAAACGUUCGGGAACACUCGGAUAUGAGAUGAUGAGAGCCGCUUGAAGAAUAUCAAAGUGGAACGACGUAUAAGGAAAGGGAGAGACGGAACUCGUUAUUGUAAUCAUCAUCAUCAUCGUUGUCGUCGCUGUAUGAUUGUUCUAGCUAGAAAAGCCGGGACAAAGAUGCGACGACAGUAAUUGGGAAGGGAGAGAGCUAUUACCUCUGCUCGUGAUUUUCUCUUUGUACCUCCGCUUUGUACUUCAUCCUUUCUAUUUCCUUCGUGAAAGGAUUAAGCGUCGUAGAGCUACUUGUGCAACGUGGACCAACCGAUGGAGCAUCUGGAAUUCAAUUAGCAGCCUAACAUUGACAUUACCUUGUCAAUGUUAUUCGUUAUCUCCUUUAUUUUAGGUGAAUAAAAAACGGUGAAGAAACGAGACACGUAAUAACACUUGAGAUAAUUAUUGAUCAUUAGAACUGGAAGAAGCCAAAUAAAAAUUACAGAUUAUUUUGUAACUACUGCAUAAUCAGCGAUUAUUCUAUACAAUCAGAAAUAAUCAGAAAACGUUUUUCAUGAGAAAUUAUUCCAUACUACUGUAUUAAGCACAAAAGAGAACAAUUUUAUUUCUAAAAAUAAAAAAGAGGAUAAUAUCUACUAAUAUUUAAUCUACGAUCAGAAAUAAUGCUAUGAGCAAAAGACGAUAAAAUCCUAGAAAGGGCCUUUAGACUCAAAACUGAAUCGAUUAUUAGAAGAGAUCAACGAUCGUUCUACGCUACAUCAAGUUGCGUUAAGAAAGAUUUCUCGAAGGAAUCCUUUUCUUCUCGAAGAAGAAAUUCUCAUUCGAUACUGCGUCCGAAUUUUGAGGAAUGGCAAUGUCGGCGACUGUGUCACCGGCGAAACCUGCGCGUGGACGUGGCCCGGCUGACGGCCGGGCCUUCUUCGAGACGCUGUGGCGAGGCGGCAAUUUUUUGCUAGAUCGGCAAAAGGUCCUGAAGCGCUCGCGCAAACGCAAAUUGCACUAUGCAGCAGCCAAUAACGGCAAGAGGAAGCAGCAACUGCUGCAGAUGCAGCGUCAACACUGCUGUUGUUGCCAGCGCAUUCAGCUGCACCUGCUCGCCGAACGGCGAAGCAACAUGCGCUCCGUCGUCAGUGUACGAGAGACACAUCAGAUCGCCGAGGCGCAGCAGGAGAAGAAUGCGAAGCUUCGCGAAGCGUUUGGCAUCUCCGAAUUCUUCGUGGAAGGCAGUAGCUUAGACCCAGAGCGGCACGCACGCGAGGCGGAGGCGCGAGCCGCCGCCGCCGCCGCGAGCAAAGUCUACGAGCUGGUGCGUACACCGAGCCCGACGCCGCCACCAGUACCGGAAACGAUCGUCACGACCGCUGAGAAGAAAAAGCGUAAGCGUUCCGGCAGCGCGGGCAAAAAGAAGAAAACUAAGAAGCACAAACGGGAAAGAUCCGAAUCUCCCAAGUCUGGCAAGAAGAAAGAAAAGUCCAAGAAGAAAAAGAAGGAGAGAAAGCAUAAAAAGACCGAGGUCACGUCGUCCGACAGCGACUCCAGUGAGGAUUCUGAUGAUAGCAACUCAUCUGAGGCCGAAUCGAAGAAAAAGAAGAAAAAGAAAAAGAAAAAGCUCAAAGUCGAAGGAAAGGACAAGCAUGAGAAGAAGAAGACAUCGACUAAACGGAAACGUCAGUCAUCUGAAAGCUCUACGGAUAGUUCCGUGGAAAAACCGAAAAAAUCAGUAAAAUAUGAGAAAAACACCGUGGACAGGGCGUCGAGGAAUGAAGUUUCCGAGAGUGUUGCGGCCUCGCGAGAACCACUUCCUCCUCGAUCGAUCCGAUCACCAAAGCGAGAAGCAUUGUCUCGAACAACAAUAUCUCGGAACGAGACUCCGCCACUACCGCCGUCAACCAGUAGCAAAACAAAGAAAGAUUCGCCGAGAAAGAGUACGGCAGAGAAGCGGGACAAAUCGCCGAUGAACCACAACAGGAGUCCUGUUCCAUCAUCAAACAGGCGACAUAAAUCAUCUUCCAGAAGUAGAGGCGAUAGAGGCGACAGAAAUGAUAGAGACAGAGAUAGAGACAGAGGAGGAAGAGAAGGAAGGUCUCCCAGGAGAUACUCGAAAUCACGCCGUAUGAGUCCGUCUCCCAAACGGAGACGAGGAUAUUCUAGAUCGCCUAGGAGACAUAGCAGGUAUUCCAUGUCUAGGAGUAGGAGUCGCUCCAAAUACGAUCGCUAUGGAUCCUCUCGCAGGAGACCCGUAUCUCCACCAACGAGACGCAGAGAGAGCGAUUCUCGCCGAAGAUCGCGCUCGGCAAGGCGACAGCAACGUCGACGAUCCCGUUCGCGCUCUACCUUGAGUUAUUCACCGGUUAGAAAGAAUCCAGAGCGUUACAAAGAUAUCCUAGAGGAUCGAAAAUCGCGACGAGACCAGAAAAAGAAAACUAAGAGCGAUAAAGCGAAGUCACGCUCGACAUCGAGAAGCAGGAAAACACAACAGAUAGCGGUUGCACCCAGAGUGAGUCUGAGAUCAUCGAGCGAGGACGAAGCCGAUCUGGCCGACGAUGAGCCCAGCAAACAGCAGCAAGAGGAAGACGAGGAAAGGAGAAUUAUAGAAUUGAACACAUUGAAACGAUUGCAGAGUGGCUUAGCAGCAAAGGCACGGGAGACACUAGAGAAGAAGGUGAUCAGUCCCACGAAGAUCAAGAUUGAGAGGCGGGAAGAUGUGUUAGAUAUCGCUCUACCGAACGAACCACCGAAAACCGUAGCGCAAAAUUCAAUCAUACCGAUUCGAGACAGAUCCACAUCAAAGGAACCAGUUAUACAAGCUCUUCCGAUCAUUCAGUCGCCAGUGUCUAGCAGGUCACCCUCGCCGGCUUUACCUCUCACCCGAGAAGAGGCAGCGAUUAAAAUCAGAUCACCGAGUGAGUCACCGCCGCCAUUGCCUCAGCAAUCUUUUGAAAAAGUCGAUUCCACGUCUCCCAGCGUGAAGACUAAGACAAAUAGUCAGUUCUUAAGAUCGCCAAGUUCCUCGGGCAAAAAAGAUUCGCCGCCGAUCGCGUCUUCGAAGAAAGAUAUCUCGAAAAGAGAGUCGUCUUCUCGAUCUCCUACCACGAUGAUAUCCAGAGAAGAUAAUACGAUAAUAAAAUUGCGUUCGCCGAGUGAAUCACCGCCGCCUUUGCUGAACAUGUCGUUAGCUAGAGUGAACUCACGUCACUCGAGAUCGCCAAAGAAAAGUAAAUCGUACUCUAGAUCGGCAUCGAGAUCAUGCACGAGAUCACCGUCCGUCGUGGACAAAGUGAGGUCUUCCAGAUCACCGUCCGGAGACAAGAAAUCGCGAUCCCAUUCGCGAGGCAAGAAAUCAGCAUCACCUGAGAUGACUUCUAGAUCAGCCUCCAGGGCAAAGAAAUCGUCGCCCAAGACGAGAACGAAACAACAGCACUCGCCCCGAUCUAGAUCUCGAUCCUCGGCGGAGUCAAAACGCUCGAGCGCGUCGAGAUCGCCCUCGAGGUGCAAGAAAUCCGCUUCGCGAUCCAGAAGUAGAAAUCGAUCGUUGUCGAAGAGGAGGUCGCGCAGCCGUUCUUCCUUAUCAAAGAAAUCUAGGAGCAGAUCGCUAUCGAAGAAGAGAUCACAUAGCCGUUCGCUGUCGAAGAAAUCCAAAAGUCGCUCGCGAUCGGUAUCGAGGAUCUCCAGGGACAAGGAUAAACGUAGUCACACUAGGAGUAGCUCCCGUUCUUCUGUUAGCUCCAGGCACAGUCGAGCUAGAAGUUUUUCCAGCUCAUCAAGAUCAUCGAGCAGUGUCUUCAGUCAAUCUUCCCGCUCCACCUCCAGCAGCUCUGCCUCCAGUAGAUCACGCUCACCGUCGAUACCUCGACGUCAUGGUUCACCUAGUUUUCUGGACAGACGACGUAUCACGAGCGCGAGGAAACGUCCGAUCCCGUAUCAUCGACCAACCCCGACACCGCCCUCAUCGCCGAGUAGUUCCGAGAGCAGUAGACACAGUAACUGGUCCAGUGCGAGUCAUCGAUCCAGCUGCUCCGCGAGUCGUAGUCCGUCUUACACGCGUUGAGAAUUGAGAAAAACGCAUAUGUGAAUUCCAAGUGAGAAUUGACGUACGAAUCCUUCGUACACUAGACUCGCAGCGGCGUAGCUCGAUCCUUUAUGAUUUAAAGGAAACCACUAUGUCCAGCUAAUUGAUUCCCGAGAUAUUAUCAAUUUAGACAUUUAAAUAUAUAUUUGAAGAUAUAUUAAUUUAGAGAAUUAUAAUUGUAAAUAUUAAUUUAAAAAUGAAAAUUUAGGUCAUAGAGGGUCGAGGAAUAUUCUAGAGAGGAAGUUUAGUAAUGUCUGUUAAGUUUUUUGCGAAAAGAGAGAUUGCAUUUCGAAAAUAAAUGGGAGCAUGUUACAUUAUUUCUUAUGAAACUAAGAAAAUGAUCUUUAUUAGCAAUAAUUUCGAAUCAUUAAUGGUUUUCGUGAUAUUCAUUCGACAAAUUUCACGAGGAAUAACACCAUGUUCAUA